AGGCUGUGUCUAAUAACCGUUUCCAUGGCGACGCAGUCAGAAGUCCCAAACAGAGUCACUUCUUCACUAUAGUUUCUAGCUCCGCUUCUUCCAACAUGUAUACAGAAAAUGACUCAGAUCUCGUGAGUGACGAUCUUCCAUUGAUAACAUCUGGGAUCCAAGGACUAAAUGCCCAGAUCUCCCAGAUCCCAGGACUGUCCCCAACCAUCAGCACCCUUCCUGAUGACAGGGCCCGAGGGAGGAGGGCCGGAGUCCUAGAGAGUGAUUCUGACUAUAUCAAGCUUGCAAAACAAGGAGGGCAUAAGGGGCUUUUGUGGCACGAGGAAACAAUCACUUCUAAACCUGCUGCAUACAAACCUCCAGGCUGGUUCGGCACUGCAUUAGGAGACAACUUCAAGCCAAGUCUAAUUAACAGUGAAGAGAAGAAAAACCCUGGAGCUUUUCAACCAUCAGAGCCCCCCUUUGGGACUGACAAUAUGUCAGCCUGGGAGAGGGAUGAUAGCAGCAGCAGCAAUGGCAAAGAGAGAGAGAAGAACAACAAUGUUCAUGACUACCAGAUGGAGACAUUGCAGCCAUCCAAUCAAUAUCAUGAGCUCAGCAAAUUCAAGAGGAUAGUGUUUGACAAGAAUCCAGCUCCUGUCGACAUGUCGAAGCUGUUGAGCUUCGGUUAUGCAGAAGACAACAAACCAACAGCCAACACUGAUUUGUCAAACUAGAGGACUGCCAGUGCCGUGGGAAAAGGAUGCACAAACUCAAAAGCUUCCAACAGGAAUAGUUGCCAUCCUCUCCUCCCGUAAUUAAUGUCUUAAUUAAUUAAUUAAUUAUUAAUUAAUCACCCCUUCAUACUGAGCCACAUCUAAUGUUUUACUUAGUUUCAAUUGUUCUGUCAUGUCAGAUGUAUUACUCAAGUGUGAAAGAGCUUCACUUUAUUAAAGCUAGGACCUUUAAUUUAUUGUUCCUGUUAGUGGUGCCUCAUUAAGAAGGCACCAGUAACUCUUGUUUUUUUUGCUGUCAAAAUAAAAGUUUGAUUGUUUGUUUGAAAUGUUUCACAAUCUGAAAUUUGGCUGAAAUUUGAAUGUCAAUAAUUUGCCACAUAUUAUUACAAACAAAGGGCCCAUUUUCUGGGACACAUCAAAAGUCUCAUACUACUAUUAAAGCAUUAAAGGUGCAAUGCAUUAUUUGAUGUAGUUGAUUUGAACGCUGCUGAACGAACAGCAUUUAUGUUGGUUAUAUAUUAAAGAUCCUAUAUUAUGUUCAUUUUCAAGUUCAUACUUGUAUUGUUGUGUUUCUAUUAAAACAUGGUAGGCAACA